AAAGGGCGAACCAGCUUAAACUGUUUAACCUUUUUUUUUUUUUUUUGAAAAUUCGGAAACGUGUGAGGUCCAUGUGAGAUUUGUUGUAGUAAACUGGUUCUAACAUUAAUGGUUUGAUUGUCAUAUGGCCUUGCGAUAACCGCCGAGGCGGUCAUUAUCUGCCGUUUCAUCAGUGAAAGCUGACUUUUCUUAUGUGAAGCUCAGUGUCUCAGUCUGUCGCACUGCUCGUGGUGAGUAGCUGAGAUUAAACAACACUGUUAAUUGUGAUUUCUUCCGCUCUGAAUAACCGCGGGCUGAGGAGACAAGCAGCACCGCGGGGCGAGCGCUCCCUCCUCGGGUCUGUAUCCACUCUCUGCUGAUAGUGAGAGGCGGUAACAGACUUUAUUAUUUUCGGCUGUCUGAACCUCCUCCACCACCGCGAGCCCCCUGUUUCUUUUGUGCUCCUUUUUUUUGAACGCCUCGCGGGGCUGCUGCUCGGCCGCGCGCACGCACGCGGGUCUGCAGAAUCCAUGCAGCUCCUCCUCGAGGGGGUCGCGGUGACUGAGAGCCCCCACCCCCCUCGUCUCUCUCUCUCUCUCUCUCUCCUCUCUCUCUCCCUCUGUCUCCCUCUCUCUUUCUUCCCCCCGGCUCCUCCUGCGCCCGAUUGUUGACAAAAGACGCUGCUAGACGGAGCGAAGGAGCCCAGACCCCGGUACCGGUGUGGCCGAGGUGAUUCGGUUGUCGGUGGCGGUCGGACUGCAGCGGGCCGGUGUGAAGUGGACGCCCCCCCCUCCACACACACCCUCCUCCUCCCUCUCCUCUCCUCCCCUCUCCUCUCCUUCCUGAAAACCACCCGCGACUCGUAUUUACCGACAAAACCAGCGGCCAAGAUGGGUCACUCACUGUGAGUGGAAGCGCCAGACCAGCGUUGCAGGGGGAGGCGGAGGCGGCGGCGGCCUUGGGCAGGUCUAUUCAGCUGGGAAUGGUGUGAGCUGAGACGGCCAGGCAGUCUGGAUCUGACCGGGGACCCGUCAUUCCCCCGGAGCCUCCGCGGCUCCAAGCCGCGUCCUGAGCCCUCCAAGAUGGGGAAGUGCGACGGCAGAUGCACGCUGCUGGUGAUAUGUUCACUGCAGUUGGUGGCAGCCCUCCAGAGGCAGGUGUUUGAUUUUCUGGGUUACCAAUGGGCUCCCAUCCUGGCCAACUUCCUGCACAUCAUGGCCGUCAUCCUGGGCAUGUUCGGCACUGUGCAGUUUCGCUUCAGAUACCUCAUCUUUUAUGCAGUAUGGCUGGUCCUCUGGGUGGGCUGGAACUCCUUCAUCAUCUGUUUCUACCUGGAGGUUGGAAACCUGUCUCAGGACAGGGACUUUCUCAUGACAUUCAACACAUCUCUCCAUCGUUCGUGGUGGAUGGAGCACGGCCCUGGUUGCCUGGUAACGCCAGUGCUAGACUCUCGCAUGGCCCCCGAUGACCACCAUGUCAUCACCGUCUCUGGGUGUCUCCUUGACUACCAGUACAUCGAGGUGUUGAGUUCAGCCAUUCAGAUCCUGUUGGCACUCUUUGGCUUCGUGUAUGCCUGCUACGUGAGCAAAGUCUUCCAGGAUGACGAGGACAGUUUUGAUUUCAUCGGUGGCUUCGACUCUUACGGCUACCAGCCUCCUCAGAAGUCCUCUCAUCUGCAGCUGCAGCCUCUUUACACGGCUGGUUAAUUGUUGGUAGCGCCCCCUUCAGGCCAAACCCUGACGGCGUCACUGUGGAUGGAAAGCGGCGGUCGCCCC